AAUUACACUGCGUUUAAGUUUUAUAAGUGUUUUUUUGUUUGUUUUUAUUUAAAUUUUUGCUCAUUUAUACUUGUUGUAACUAGCGGCAGACGCACGCAACACUACGACCUGCUGUGAUAGGGGCUGCAUAGAUGAAGCACAGUGAAAAUGAUGGUGGAAAUAAGAGGUCCCGAAGCACACACCUAGCAACCAAAGAAAGGGAAAAGAAAUAAAAAAACGGUUAGAAGGAGAUAUAUAGAGAAAAUUAAGAAAGUCGUCGAAUACAAAUGAAGUGCAAAUGCUUGCAAACGAAUUAUUUCAGACUAAUCAAGCAGAGUCAGUCUAGCUGAAGCUAACUCAAAGUCCAUACAACUGGGCUCAAGAUCUGUAUGUAGUGUAGAGCGCAGAGUUAGUUAGUACCUGCACCGCAUGAACUAUUUAAACAAACCAAUCAGUUAUCCUGCCAUUAAAGUAUAAAUAAAAAACGUGAGGAAUUCGCAACGACACCAAAUCCUGAGAAGCAGCGAAAAGAAGUUAAAAACACAACUGCUAUUCUCACCAACUAUAGAUUAGCUAAUCUUUCUUACAAAAAAAAAAAAAAAAAAAAAAAUUGGAUGCCCUGAAUUGAAUUCUAGCGAAAAUUGUGGUAUACAAUUUACAGAGGCUCCAAGUGUGCUAUGUCCUAAUGCUAAAAAUAAACCUACUGAAUGUAAUUUCAUCAGUGGCUAGAAUGCUAGGAAAUGCCAGCGCAGCUUCGACAAGAAAACAAUAUUAAUAGAAGGCUCUAACACAAAAGCAACCUAAAAAAAAAAGACUCAAAUAACGUCAUCAACUACUACUAAAGUCCAUAUAUGCUCAACUGACGCUUUGGAACAAAAGACGGCAGCAACACACGUAAAGCGGACAAAAUAUUAAUAACAGAAGUUGUAUAAACGAAUCAAGCAGGCAACCCCAAUCAAGCAACCAACCAACGCCCACGCCUACGCCACCAGCAAUAACCAAUAAACAAUAACAAAAGCCAAUCGCAAUAUUCAUCCAGCUAUUCACUUCGCACAGCUAUGUACGUGUAUGUAUGUAUGUAUGUAUGCAAAAUGCUGUGAAUUGUAAAUGCGCCCCUCUGGCAUCAGCGACAGCAACAUUGCCUCGUCAUCGUUAAAUUUAUUAAAAUAAAGCAUAUAUUGGCCCCUCGCGCAACCACAUUAUUGGCUGUAUUGGUAAAUAUAGAGGCUGUAAAUCAUCAAUAUGGCCUUUAGCGGCGGCAGUGCAAACGGUGUCAGCAGCAGGAGCAGCAGCAGCAGCAGGAGCAGUGGUAGUGGUAGUGGCUGUGGCAGCAUAUCAGUGUGGGAUAAGUGCACAACAGUUAUGCUGUUACCGCGCGCACGGCUCAUCACCCUCUGGCUGGCAUUCAAUUUAGCGCUGAUCGUGCAAGAGCCAAUGAAGAAAAUCGCCUCAGUCGAUGCAGCGACUGGUGGUGGCAGCAUGUUGGGUGAUGUUAACAUAUCCGCUAUUCUCGAUUCAUUUAGUGUUAGCUACGACAAAAGAGUAAGACCUAACUAUGGAGGACCUCCCGUCGAAGUCGGAGUCACCAUGUAUGUGCUAUCGAUCAGCUCGCUGUCUGAAGUUAAAAUGGUACACAAUAAGCCCAAAAGUACCUUUGUUUAA